UCUAAGUUAUAAAGGGAAAGCUUCAGAGGAGGCGAAAUAUUGGCUUUGAACAACCCGGAGUGUCGCCAAACAACAUGAAGUUCUGUGCAAAGCCAGCCUUAUUCCCGCAGCUGGCGUCUGUUUUAUUUCUCUGUGUAGCUGCAGACCUACAUGCAACUGAAGUCCACACAAAGCUUGGCAGUCUGAGAGGGACGUAUGUGAGUGUAAAGGGGAAGGAGGCUGGGGUCCAUGCCUACCUGGGUGUCCCAUUUGCCAAGCCUCCUGUAGGGCCUGCUCUGAGAUUUGCUGCACCUCAACCUGUAGAGGGAUGGGAAGGAGUGAAAGACGCCACUCAGCAGCCACCCAUGUGCGUGCAAGAUAGAGAGCAAUUUUUGGAUCUGAUUGAUACCCUCGGUAUGACGUUGGCACAUAUUCCAGACAUUUCAGAAGACUGUCUUUAUCUCAACAUUUACACUCCUACAAGCAGAGCUCAUGAUGCCAAGCUCCCAGUCAUGGUGUGGAUCCACGGUGGAGGGUUUACUAUGGGAUCAGCUUCAAUGUAUGAUGGCUCCGCCCUGGCUGCUUACCAGGAGGUGGUUGUUGUUUUAAUACAGUACCGGCUGGGGCUGCUGGGCUUUCUCAGUACUGGAGAUGAGCACAUGUCAGGCAACUUUGGAAUGCUGGACCAGGUAGAAGCUCUGAGGUGGAUCCAGCAGCACAUUCAUAACUUUGGGGGAGACCCAGAUUUAGUUACCAUAUUUGGGGAGUCUGCUGGUGGAGUGAGUGUGUCUCUCCUGCUUCUGUCACCGUUGUCUGAUGGACUCUUUCAUCAUGCCAUUGCUGAGAGUGGCACUGCUGCAAUGGAUAUACUAUUUUCAAAGGAGCUUCUACCACUGAUGCAGGUGGUAGCAAAUGCAUCUGGCUGUGGCCUUGAAAGCACAGAGAUGUUCACUAAUUGCAUGAGAAACCUGGAUAGUGGAAGUAUUGUGACUAUUGGAAAGGAUGACAAAUCAAUGUUUCCAUUAGUCAUUGAUGGACACUUCCUGACAAAACCUGUGGACGAGCUGUUUCAUAAACAUGAACUUCUCACUUUGCCAUUUAUGACUGGUGUUAAUAAUGAUGAAGGGGGCUGGAUACUUACUGCGUUUUUUGCUCCUCAAAACUGGACAGAAGGAUUGACUCGGGAGGAGGUUUUACACAUGCUGUCAGCCUGGAUGUCUGAUCCCAAAUACACAAUCUUCAGAGAAUUGUUGAUUGAGGAAUAUCUUGGAAUCGGUGAUGAUCGUGUAAAAAACAGAGAAGGAAUCACUGAGCUGCUUGGAGAUGUGUUAUUUAACAUUCCAGCCAUUAAGACUGCUAAUUCCCACAGAGAUGCCGGGGCACCUGUAUACCUGUAUGAGUACCAGCAUCCUCCCAAAUUCCUUCAGGUAAAAAGGCCAAGCUUUGUUGGGACUGACCAUGGAGAUGAAAUCUUUACAGUUUUAGGAUUUUGCUUCACAACUACCCAUGUCAAAUUAGCUGAUUCAUGCCCUGAAGAUGAGGAACAGCUGAGCAAAAUGAUGAUGAGCUACUGGGGAAACUUUGCUCGCACAGGGUCUCCUAACGGCGACGGCCUUGUCCACUGGCCAAAGUAUGGAGCAGAAGAGGAAUACCUGGCAAUUGGUUUAAAGAAGCAGGUAACUGGUCAGCAUCUGAAGAAGGACCGGUUUGUCUUCCUGACUCAGACCCUCCCAGAGAAAGUCCAGCAACUUACAGAGAAGAUGGAGCACAGUGAGCUGUAGAACAGUCGCCUCUCCUUCCUCCAUUCUUUACAUGUUUUAUCUUUUAUUGAGUUCAUCAUUAACUAUAAACAAAUCAGACAAACUCCAGUAGAUUUACUGUGAAAUGUUUAUAAUCCUAAUGAGAUAAUCUUUUUUUAAUAUGUUGAAGUAAUGUAGUGGUUUUGGACCAUAUAAAGUACCAUACAUUGUGGGAAAUUUGAAGAGAAGAUCAUAUUAAAACAUAUCCUCACAACUGAACUUAAAAAAGGAGUGUGUAACAGCAGUAGUGAGUUAAAAUUUAGAGUGGUUUGAACAUUGUUUAGAGCCAUUGUAAAUACUGAACUUCAAUUUGAAUCUAAUGCACCAUGCUUCAGGGAAUGCCUCUCUAAAAUAUAAAAGUCCAGCACAUUAAAUCAUGGAACACUCCUUGCUGUAUUCACCCACAUGUUUAAUAUCUCCUUAAUGACAUUGAUUCCAUUAUA